AUGACUUUGGAAGCUACCAUGAUCGUUGUCGACAACAGCGAAAGCAGUCGCAAUGGAGACUACACGUCAACCCGGUGGCAGUCUCAAGUUGAUGCCGUCAGCAUCAUUCACAGUGCUAAGAUGCGUGUAAACCCGCAGUCAGCUGUUGGUCUUAUGAGUAUGGGCGGCAAGGGCCCUGAGGUGCUGUCAACUUUCACACCCGAGUUCGGAGCCAUUCUGGCUGGACUUCAUGCGACAAAAAUCCACGGCACAUCCCACCUCAGCUCGAGCAUCCAGGUCGCAGCGUUGGCUCUCAAGCACCGUAUGGAGAAGUCCCAGCGCCAGCGCAUCAUCGUGUUCUCCUGCUCCCCCAUCGAAGAAGACGAAAAGACCCUCGUGAAGCUCGCCAAGAAGAUGAAGAAGAACAACGUUUCGAUCGAUGUGAUAGCCUUUGGAGACCUCGAAUCCGACCAGACCAAGAAGCUUGAGGCGUUUGUUGAGAAUGUCAAGAGUGGAGAUGGCUCCCACCUCGCCAUCAUUCCUCCAGGACCCCAUUUGCUCAGCGACCAGCUCCAGAUGACCCCCAUCCUGGCCGGCGAAGAUGCCGAGGUCGGCGGUGGAGGCGGCGAGGGUGAAGCCGGUGGAUUCGGAUUCGAGGAUGCCGCAGAGAACGACCCCGAGCUCGCAUUCGCCCUGCGUUUAUCGAUGGAGGACGAGAAGAACAGACAGGAGAAGGAGAAGCGCGACCAGGAAGAAGCAGAGCGCAAGACUCAACUCGGUGGUAUCCCCGAGGAGGGCAGUGGCGAGUCUAGCAAAGAUAAGAAGGACGAGGACAAGAUGGACACCGCUUAA